UUUAAAGAACAAAUCGCUGACUAUAUUCGAAAAUGUUGUAUAAGUGGCUUGCGUAAUGCUCGUACCACAAAUGUAUGCGAUAAAAUGGAUUCAACUAUAGCAAAUAUAUCUAAACUUUGGCUUGGGUUGUGCUCAUCGACAUUUGGCGUUUGCUGUUCAAAAGAGUUGGACCGUCAGAAUUGUGAGCUCGGUCGUCUUGCUGCAUUGGAGGGUGCUUCGUGCAAUAAAGGCUAUAAUUUGACGUCAACCUCAUAUACUAAUUGCUGCCGAGCUUGUCAAGUUGGUUUGGCUGUUAAGGCUAGUCAACAGAAGUGUACGGAUCCAUUGUUUUCAUUUCUUUUGAAUAUCGAUUCAUAUCGAUUGUGCUGCUCUGAUGACGGCUUCUCAAAUUCUGAAUUGGAGUCGGAGUCGGGGCUUGACAGGAAAAAUAAACUCGUAUUAUAUAUUGAUCAUGAUGAAAGAGAGGAUGAAAUUGUCGAGAGCCGGGAAACUGUUGAUGGAACAAUAGUCCUAUCCGGUGAUGAUGAUAUCUGUGGAAAAAUACCCAAUCUUUGUGAGCAAGUAUGUAUAAAUACAUACGAUGCGUACAGGUGCAGCUGUCACCCCGGAUAUAAAUUGAACGAAAAUAAUGUUACCUGUUAUGAGGAUAAAAACAUUAUUUGUCCCAGGGGCUACUUUUUUGAUGGUAAACAAGGUAAAUGUGUGGACAUCGAUGAGUGUCAAGAGCAAUUACAUGAGUGCAAAGCAUCGCAAUAUUGUCACAAUACAAUCGGCGGAUAUCACUGUCUCAACAUAAAGGCUAAGAAUUGCCCAGCAGGCUAUCUAUACAAUGUGAAGACAGGUGAAUGCGAAGGUAGGUAAUAAGCUCUAAGUUCGAGAA